AUGGUCCGAGCCAUACCGCGAUUUGGAGCCGGAAUGACGCGAAAGAAGCCGAAUUCGAAGCGAAAUCAUAAGAAGAAAUCGAAAAAUGGGCUUUUGACGAUUGCGGUGUGUAGCUCGGAUUCGAGUCGUCCGCCUAGUCGAGUUUCGAAUCAUUCCGAUGUUGAGAAUCAUUCGCGCGUUUGCGAGAGUUUUGAGAAGCCCACGUCAAUUUUGGGAUGUCGAUCGUCGAAAUUGAAUAGUCGCCCAAGUGUCCCUUCUAGUCAACCGCAAGAAACUGCUGAAAAACUGGUGACACCAUUGGAUUCGAGCGGAUCGCCAACGAAUUUGAAAACUGAAGAAGAUAAUCAUAUUCGGCAUAUUGUCGAGGAAUUUAGAAAUUGUGAAAAUAGUGAAGAAGUUCGAGCAAAAGCAUUGGCGGACUUGAAUUUUUUGCUUGGAAGCACGACGUCGUUUAUGAAGCGCUACUCGAUUCGCAGCAAAUUGUAUUGUUUUGGCAUUUUCGAAGCGAUUCUCGAGCAGUCGAUUCGAAAUGAGAAGCUCGUUGAACGAGAAGCUGAGACGUUUCUGAGAUUGCAGCGAAAUGAUGAGAAGGUGUUGGGAAUCGCCGGCGACGAUCGGGUUCCCGUCGAUGUUUUGUGCGGUGUGCUCGCCGACAAAAACGAUGCUCAAUGGAUUUUGAUGACGAACCUGCUCGAACGUCUUCAGAAUCCCGAUGAGUUUUCGAGGAUUUUGAGCGAGAAGAGCGUUGCCGAGAAGGAGACGCAGACGAUGAUUCGACGAGCGCCGCCGAUGCGAUUCGACCCAGCGUUUCAGGAUAUUCCUGAGGAAUCGCCAUCGGUACAGGAUGAAUGUAGCGUAUUUAAUUUCUCGCCGAGAACAAUCGUCCAGAUAAAUGAUUCGGGCCUUUGUGGAAGCGACACGAUUCAAUCUUUUGUUUAUGCCACCUCUUCCUCGUCGUCGUCGUCGUCGUCAUCGCCGGAUCCCGAGAGCGCUCCACAGAAUCUCAAGAAAUGGGCAAACGCGUUGAAUUUGCCGAUUGAAAGCGAAAUGGGUUAUGACACUCGAGCGACGCCGACGACGAUAUUCUCGGAUGACGAGGUGACGAGCACACUUCGGACUGUUGAGAGCACACAAACGAGUCCCGACAAACGGCGUCGACGCGUUUUUCCCGAGAUGUCGUUCUCCGAGAUUUACACGGAAUCGUUUUGGGUCGAAGAGACGCGGCCGGUUUAUGAGCGCGCUGGAAUUGCGCCAAUCUCGACGAAUGCGCCACCAGCGCCGCCGCCACCACCACCACCAUCAAUGGGUGUUGCAACUGAUGGAAUUGCGCCGAUCUCGCUGAACGCUCCAUCGCCACCACCACCACCACCGCAACCAUCAGUGGCUGGAACGUCUCGCAUAGCACCAAUCUCAGGAUGUGCACCGCCAGCUCCACCACCACCAUCAUUUGGAAUUGCGCCAAUUAGUCAGAAUGCCCCGCCGCCGCCACCCAUGGCGCCGGGAACACUUGCACCAAUUUCUCAGAAUGCCCCUCCGCCACCGCCGCCACCACCUCCACCACCAAUGGUGCUGAAUGCCAUUCCACCGAUAUCGGCAACGGCGCCACCACCUCCGCCACCUCCAUCGGGAAUUGCCCCAAUUUCCGGUAGUGCGCCACCGCCGCCUCCGCCCCCGCCGGGACUUGCUCCACUGUCUCGAGCGCCACCACCGCCACCGCCAAUUGGUGGAUUUAAGGGUGCACCGCCACCGCCACCGCCACUAUUGCCCAUUAAUGGAUUUGCUCAAGGCGGACCUCCUCCUCCGCCACCACCACCACCACCGGCAUUUAUGAUAAAUGGAAAACCAGCGUUCAGUCCCGCCACGAUGAGUUCUCCGGUGUUGUCGCCGGGCGUCGUGAAGCCGGCAGUGGUGUAUCGAAAGGAGAAGAAGACGGUGCUGGUUCGUUGGCAGAAGCUGAAUCCGAUGCAGAUGCAAGGCGCCGGCACGGUGUUUAACGACAAUCUGUGUGUCGACUUCAACGAGGAGGAGCGCCAUCGAAUGGAGGAGAUAUUCGAAGAAGCGCCGGCGAAGCAGCAUCAACAGCCGACGCGAACGGUUGGCGGUUCGGUGGGACGGGCGUUUGGCAGCAAGAUGUUGAGGACGUCGGCGUCGGCGUCGGACACGGCGACGAAUAGGAGUUCGCCGAAUUCGCAGGUGUUGUGCUCGCCGAAAGCGUUGACGAUUGAGAUUCUCCUCAAAAAGCUCAAACCAUUGGAUUUCACUGAGCUUAUAACCAAAUUGGAGACGAAUGAUAUGGACGGUGUGAAAGUGGAUUUGAUGUCGACGCUUCAUUCGAAUUAUCCGGAACCUGAUGAGCUCGCUCCAUUUGAAUCUGUCGAAUUGAAGAAUUUGUCGCACGCGAGCGAUCAGUUUUGCUGGCAUCUCUGUCGAAAACCGACGCUGAAACUUCGAAUUGAGCUAUUCAUAACCAAAGAGAACGCGGUCGCUGAGAUCACCAAAUUCCAAAAGCAAAUCGAGCGUUUGAUGGACGCGGUUGAAUUGGCCCGCGGAACGGUUGUGCAGACGGUGCUUCGAAAAGGACUCCAAUACGGGAACUAUCUGAAUCAGGGAUCGAUGUUCGCCGAAGCCGCCGGAUUCUCGCUGAGCUAUCUGCAGACGUUGUUGCAGUUGAAGGGAAAAGGGCAACACUCGUCGAUUCGCCUUGUCGAUUUGUUGGUGUCGUUCAGUGGAUUGGCGAUUGGCGAUGUUGAGAAUGUCGUCGUCAAAUUGGCGGCAGUUCGAUCGUUGAAUUUGAAUGAUUUGUCGAGUGCUCUUGAUCAGAUUGAGAGGACGGUCAAAAAAUUGCACAAUGCGUUGGAAAGCACGCGCGAUGCCGUUUUACUCGCUGAGUAUCGACCGUUUAUUGAGAGAACGAGCGAGGAAUUGGCGAAUGUUCGGAAUGGUGUGAAUGAAUUGAAGGCGAAAGAAGUCGAAUUGCGUGUUUAUUUGUGCGCCGGCGAGGCGAAUCUUCAGCAAAUGUUUGAAAUUGUGGAGAACUCGAUGAAAAUUGUGCUCGACGCGCUAAAGCAAGCCGCCGCGAAGGCGAAAGUCCAACGAGCGACGUCGAUGAUGUCGUUGUCGACGACGUCGGCAUCGCAACGAUCGCUUCGCGACGGCGAGAUGUUGUCGCGAAAAUCGUUGGCGUUGAAAUCGCGCGAUUUGCCCGUCGAGGAGCUCACGAAAUUGUUCUCGAACACGUCGAUUCGUGUACGAAAAGAGGCCACACCGCCCAAUACGAACUCCGAAUCGGCGACGCGCACGAUUCGACGUCGAAGUGUUCAGACGCCGAAAUCGGACGAGUCGGCGGCGUCGCCGUGCUCGCGUCGUGACCUCAUCAUUGAUUUGUCAUCGGACAUUGGCAGUCCCGUCUAG